GCAAACAAAAGUAACAUCAAUUGUUGUAUGACGUCAUGUGGAAACUCUUCUCUAUUUGUAAAUAAACCAGGCUAUAUGUAUUAAUGGUGCAGUUGAAUCAAUGCAUUAGUCUCGAGCCGUGAGAUCGACAGCACGUUAGUCCAUAAUACAAACACCGUCCUAAAAUGAGUGGUCCAGCUGUGAUAAUCGUGUUUUUCAUUUUGUUCGCUAGUGGAUUAACAUUUCCUAUGAAAAGAAUCAAACAGAGACAAGUUAACGAUCGACCAGCUUCCACCGCCCCAGAAUCUAACUCAAGCACGGUCACCGUCAUGGUGGUCAGUGUGUCCAAUGAACAAGAGAAAAUCCUCGAACCAAGUGUUAGUAACGUAAAGAGAGAAGAUUCUCUUGGAGAUAGACUUUUAAACAAAGUCAAAGAAAGAUCACUUGUAAAAAUAAUCAAAAAAUCUAAAAGACCUCGAUACCAGUUGCGUGAUUCAAUUUUGGAAAAUGAUUUGUUCUCAGUUGCGGGACAGGAUAGCAACAAUAGCACUGGUACAGUAAAGCCCGCGUUGAAAUUAAGCAAUAACAUGACUACCGAAGAAAACAUACUGAACAUGGAGAAUAAAAAUGAAAUAAUUAACACAUAUCUUCCUUUUAAAUCUCUUGCCAAUGGCAGUGAAAUAGAAAUAAUUAAAAAUACAGUUCUACGCUCUAAAGCACUAUCAAAUAGUAAAUCAACGAAUAAUAUAGGCAAUAAAUGGGACCAGCCAUCAGCAAAAAGAAACUUGAAACACCAGGUGAGGAAAUACUUUAGACUCCACAGUUCCAUUGCGAAAGAGCUCGAAGCAAAAUCCAUAAUGUCUAGACCAAAACCAGAUAACAGUCGGAGUUCAUACAUCGAAGCUACUGCAGCACCAACACUAAAGAUAGACCAAGGCGCAUACGGCCCAACCCAGGCACCGCGAAGGCAAUCUAUAGUCCUGCGGUGGAACCUGAUACUGGUAUGAGGAAACAGUAUUCAUGUAGAAUCUUAAAUACUCCUUCAUUUUUAUUUUAAUAUUGUGGACUCUAUAGCAGGAUCACGUUCCUACAGAAUGUAUUUUUUAAUGUUAAAAUUCAACUACGUAUCUCUUGAUGCCGCAAAAUGGACUGCCAACGUCUCAUCGUUUUUCCCUUAUAACCUUUAUGCGGGGGAGACUGGAGCCAGUAUUAACAAGGAUUUCUUAAAUUUGUCUCACAGAUAGUGCACUUCAGGUCGGAAUCAGUCAGUCCUGCUCCAAACGCUUUAGGAACGUACUUUUAUGUGCUGUACGUCUAGAAUUUUCCUAGAUUAUUUUUGUUGUUAUUUCAUUCAUGUGACAAGCCAUUGGUAUAGGUGUAUUAUUUAAUGUUGCAUUAUUCUUUAGUUAAUCUUAAUGAUGUUCUCUAAAUAACUUCGUAACAAGUAUCCAUGGAGAUAAAACUUACAAAACAAUACCUGUUGACGUAAGUCCGGUAAAAUAAAAUAUACUAAAACUAUGAUACUUACAGAUUUAUAUUAAGCAUUGCUAAAAUAAUGUUGGUAAUUAAAAUAAUUUAAGGAUUAGCUGAGUUUUGUUGUUCCAAUUAAGAUGUUUUGUUUCUUUACUUUUAUGAUGCUGCACGCUAUAUGCUAUUGAAUUCUUGAACAGUACAACAUUAUUAAGCUUGAUAUAGUUGUUUAACAUAAUGAUGAAAUACCUCAUUCGCCAUGUCAAUUUGCCAUGAGCAUACAAAUUACUCACGCCGACAGAGUAGUAAAAUAUAAGUAUAAAAAGACAGGGAAUUUACGCUUCAACUCUAUGUAGUGUGAUUACUGAUUAGUCGCUGGAAAGGCAUUUUAAAUCAUAAUAAUAUCUUUCAAAAAGGUUUUUGCAAAAAGUUUUCCCUACGUUAGUGAUGCGAAGAUACUCCCAUCGACUUGUUAUGUACACAAUAUCAAGUAAAAGCUCCCUUUCAAGCUGCCUUACAGACGAGUAACUAGGAAAUCCUGUACUGAGUACCUCUUUUAAUUUAAAAACUGGCCCCUGAAGGGGCAAGAAUUAUUUCAGGCUUUCCUGAAGAAAAUCAACUAUUUGAAAUAAGUUACUAUGUGUUUCUCCAAUUAAAGCUAGCUAUACGGAUAUUUCACAGUGGACGGUUACAGUAAAUUUUUUAGAUGAUUUGUAGUUAAAACUUAAAUAAAAAAUGUUUAUUCAAGCCCCGGUCUCCCCUAAUAAUAUUGAUUUUUUCUCGUACAUUAUGAAAUUUUAAAUGCUGGAGCCUUCAAUAUAUUUGGAAUAGGAUCUACCUUUUAUAUUUAAAUUCGUAUAA